AUGGCCCGUUUGAGGUCGAAACAAAAGCGGUUUCGGAUUGCGGGCGUUGGCCCGUGCCCCCUCGGGGGUCUGCCCGCGCCGGCCAGUGCGAGCUCCGAGGGCGCAGAGCAGCUGGUGGAUGCGGGCUGUCGCUGGAGGGCUGGCCCGGGUGCUGGUGGGACAGGAAAGCGCUUGGCCCCAGUGGAGAUCGCAGCGAGGAAGGAAGAUGGAUCUGUUUUGCAAAGGGUGUUGGCUUUUUGGCAGUGGGGGCUUACUGGGCAAGGGGAGGUGUGGAGUUAUCAACGCCGAUAUUGGAGGAUUCUGCCUGGCUUGUUCAUUGGCAACUUUAAAGAUGCCCGAGAUGUAGAGCAAUUGAGUAAGAAUAACAUUACGCACAUUCUUUCAAUCCACGACAGUGCCCGCCCUAUGCUGGAGGGAGUGAAGUAUCUGUGCAUUCCUGCUGCUGACUCACCCUCGCAGAACUUGGCAAGGCAUUUCAGAGAGAGCAUCAAAUUUAUCCACGAGUGCCGGCUUACAGGUGAAGGCUGCCUAGUUCAUUGCCUUGCAGGUGUCUCCAGGAGUGUAACAUUGGUGGUUGCCUACAUCAUGACCAUCACAGACUUUGGUUGGGAGGAUGCACUGUCUGUUGUCCGCGCAGCGAGAUCCUGUGCCAAUCCUAACAUGGGCUUCCAGAGGCAGCUGCAGGACUUUGAAAAACAUGAUGUUGAUCAGUUCAGGCAGUGGCUGAAAGAAGAGUAUGGGGAAAACUCUUCUCAGGAUCUGCAAGAAGCCAAAAAUCUUCUGAGCAAAUAUAAAGAGCAGGCAGAAUUGCAGCAGAAUACUGGGGGAAGACAGUGGAAUAACAACUUCUCAUCUGUGCCAUCUCUCUCAUACAGCAACUACACAACAGAGACCUAAUCGUAGGAGGUUGACUUUUUUCUUUCUACCUUUGAAAAACAUCUUGCCGUAAUUUCCAUCCCAUCUUCAAGACUCUCAGCAGUAAUCAUGCAAGCAGUUGAUUUGUAGAAAGCUUCUUGAUGAAAAUACUACAUUAUGUGUGUGUGUAUGAGUGUGUUUGACACAGUUUUUUAAUUUGGGCAGGAACAAGCUCUCUGUAUGCCCAGAUCCAGCUACUGUGGCUGAGCCAGUUUGUCAGCCAGCCACAGCUAUUAUCCCCUUGUGCCCACGUUGCCUGGCAUUUGCUGUGAGGUUAGCUCAAUUCCUUUCAUUGUAGGCUAGCAAAGGGCUCUGAGAGAUGAAGUCUGGUGAUUCAAGCUGUGGCAGUUUGACAUCUCUGCACUACUAAUGUGGCAAAGAUGUUCUUGCACCUGAAGAAGGGAAGUCUGUGUCUCUGCUGCUCCUGUUCGCAGUCCAUUGGCAAGUAAUACCGUGGAGGUGGGCUUGAACUUGAAUGCUAGGCUGCAAACUGGAGCAGGUGAGAUGUGGGUACAUGUACCUUUCUACCAACAGUAGCAUCUAGGAGAGAAGUGGGACAGACAGCUCUGAGUAAUAACAUCUUCAACUGCCACAGUUGUACUUGCUUCAGUGCACGUGAGACAGAGCUGUCGGUAGAACUGCCGCAGACCAAGAGCACCGAGACUGUUACCACAGCUCAGCUGAUGUGCAGUGAUUUAAGCCGUGGUCCCUUGAUUGUGCAUCUGGUCUCCCAGCGUAAGCUUCUCUGGAGAGUAGUUUAUCAGGUCUCCAGUGCCGCUGCACUUCAUUCCCUGUGGAACGUGUGCCUCUUCAACACACGCCCCUGCGCACAUGAUUAUGUGUCUCCAAAGAGUGGGCUCGGUGUGAGUGCGAGCACCUGUUUCUUUGCUUGUGCUGUGGUUUGCUCUUUGACUUCAGCUACCUCAAAAAUGCUGUUCUUGUCAUUGUGGUUGUAAAUGCAACCUUGAAAAUUGCCUUGUGUAAUCUUAAUCUGACACUGAGUGAAGUAAGUGGGGGUGUGUGUGUGCGAGAGUGUGCGCGUGCAUGUAUAUUUCACAAAUGUCUGUAUUUGCAAAGUUUAUUGUUUUCUUUUAAAAUUGCCCAUAUUUCUCACUGGUUUAAAAAUUGAGUUGUUUGAAUUCAACUUUCUGCCAUUUUAAAACCACUAUAUAUUUUGCUGUGAUCAGAUUCUUAGGAAUGCAUUUGUAAAAUAUAUUUUAAACUAGGUUAAAACUAGGGGCCAUACUCUGCUCUUUGUAACAUUGUGUGUUUCUGGAAUGGAGCCAUUGCCUGACUCAAGUGUAUUCCAAGAGUGUAACUUCAAAUAUGUCGCCAGGGAUGCUGGGCAGCGUAUUGAUUUCUGAUGGUGUAAUGGGGGGUGGCACUGAUGUCAAGAUCAUGAUUUCUUGUCUUUGACUCAGAGGAUGGAAGGCCUAUUUUUCUUGAAGAUUCCAGAAAAUAAAAAAUACCUCCCAAACAGCCAGGAUAGAACAACAAAACCAAACCCCUCAUUUGUUUAAAUGUGGUGUGUAUCAUGCCAAAAGCUGAGCACUGAGCGAGAAGCAGUCAGCAUACUAAAUAGACUGUUGUCUCUUUCAAUUUCUUCGGUUCUCUGACCUCCCAUCCCUUCACAAGAUUCCUCUUCAUGUGAUUUCCUGCUUGCCUUGGGUGGCAGUGAAUUCUUUGGAUGGGAGCAAGGCUUUUGGGGUCAAGUAAGCUCUGGCUGUUAAAUAUCUGUUGUUAAGUAUCUUCAAAAAAUACAUGUUACGGCUUGUGAAAUAUGGAUCUUGCAUAUCAAUAAUUGCCAAAAAGGAAAAAAGGGAAUGGGGUGGAACUGGCCUGACCGUUUCAUCUGAGUCCAAGCCUGCAUCAGGGUUCUCAGUGCACUAAGUGCUUUAAGUGUACUGAACACAGUGAGAGCAGGAUAACCGUGUCUGUGUUGCAGUAAGGGAUGCUGUUGGAUUUGGGAAAGGUGCUGGAAUUCAAGCUUGUCGCUAAAUGAACCACCACCUAUUUGGUAUAUCCAGCAACUGCUCUGUGUUUGCCUGGUAAGAGGAGUAUUUAGCUCUUCUCGAAGACGUUGAUCUGCAAAUAAUUGGCUGUUUAGGAAUUCCAGCACAGCAGUGCCCACGUUGGCAGUCCCCUCUGUGCUGUGAGGGCAGAUGUGGUAACUGGAAAACGCUUUCCUCGGUAACAGGGUCUGACACGCGUUCAGGAUGCUAGUCCACUUGUUCAACCCUCUACUCACAAUAGGACAUGUAGGGCAACUUCAGCCUGUCCCCAAAGGGCAGCUUUGUCAGAAGCAUUCUGCCUAUGCUCUUGCCAGGUAUCCAGUCAGUCCAUCCUGUAGCUGACUGCCAACGCUAUGUAUCCCAUUACACUUUUGGCACUCUCGUCCUUGCGGUAGUAACCCUGUGAGUGCUGGUAAGUUGGCAGUUCUUUUUUCUGUUCUGACAAAUACAAGGCAGAAUGGGAGACAUCUGUUAAUGUUCGUGUGUCCGAGAUUAUUCUGUACUGGGUUUUUUUUUAGUAGCUUGGCUAUCCCCAAAGAGUCAGUCCCGCAAAUAGAAUUUUUUUAGAACUGAAUUUGGCUUUAGGGCCAUAUAGCCGCAUCAGUGUGCAUUAUGCUGCAGCUCGAAAGCAGAUACAGGGUAAAGCAGGAAGAUGGAGGGAGUGCCAUAUUGUCAGCAAGUGGAAGUGCUUCUCUCUUUUUAAAAGACAGAAGAGGUAUUUUCUGUAGUCUCUUGCUUCUACAUCUUGUUUAGCGGUCUGUAUGUACUGCACACUGCAUUUAAGAGUGGUAAAAGAGCAACAGCAGUCUGAGAAAACUUGAAUCUGGUUUGUCCACGUAGAGAGCAGAACGAUAGUUUACUCCUUUAUUACCACAAGGUGCAGAAGAGAGUAGCAACAGUUCUCACCUUUGGCCUUUUAGAAAGGGAGAGGAGCUAACACAGACUGAGAACGUGACAUGAUUUGUCUUCCAACCAGCCUUUCAGUGGCAGUUAGUAGGACUUUCCAGCUAUCUGGAACGUGACUAGACCCCAGUCCACCUCUUAGUAGUUGGCCUUUAUAGUGUAGACGAUGCAUUCAGUUAUUUUGUUUCUGUACUUCAAAACACUGUCCUCAUUUUGAUGUUCACUGGAAAAUGUAUAAAGUUUAUAACACCUUAUUGGAUAUCCAGAUUUGAAAUGUAUAAUCGAUUUUUUGGGGGCUAAACUUGAUAUCCAUGUCUGAUUAUAAGCAAAUGUUUAGUGUUAUACAAUGUAGGUAAUGGGUAAAAGCAUUAGUAUUUAUUACCCUGAUUUUUAACCUGGAAAGAGUUGCUUCCUUACGUUUUGUGGUUGAGUGGGAAGAUAUGGCAAAUCAUAUCUCUGUUUUUUAAAAAAGACAGUAAUAACGUUGGUUGCUAUAAUGGCCACUGCCUAUAAAGAAGUCAGUGAAAAAUUAUAGUAAUUACUUCAGCUAGUUUAAAAACUCUAAACCUGGUAAGCUUCUUGAUUCUGUCUUCCUCUUCCUGGGCAUCUUAGCAAAGCCUUGAUUGCUUUUUCCAAAUGUUUGUAUUUAAUAUGUUCUACAAUUUUUUUAUAAAUAAAAGUAAAUGUUAACACCUGA